UGGAGAGCAUUACACAUACUGUCCCAUCCCAGGCCUCCAGCCACAGCAACCACACGACUCAUUUCCCCUGGAACUGAGGCUGCAUACCUGGGCUCCCCACGGAGGGGGAUGAUGUAGGGAGGGGAAUCCCACCUGCUGUGAGUCACCUGCUGGUAUAAAGGGCGUGUCUUACAAUGCAGGGACCUUAAAAAGAGACUCAGAGACAAGGGAGAAAAACAACAGGAAGCAGCUGAGAAACUGGAGGUGAACAACAGAAGGAACCAAACCAGAGCUCACAGAACAGAAUCAGGCUGAGAGCAAGGGGAAGUGGGCAGAGAUUCCACAGGGACUGACUGGUGCAAGGCACAGAGCCAGCCAGGUUUGAGAAGCAGGCAGCAAGAUGCUGGGGAGCAGAGCUGUGUUGCUGCUGCUGCUGCUCCUGUGGCCCCGGACUGCUCAGGCCCGGGCUGUGCCUGGAGGCAGUAGCCCUGCCUGGGCUCAGUGCCAGCAGCUCUCACAGAAGCUCUGUACGCUGGCCUGGAGUGCACAUCCACCAAUGGGACAUGUGGAUCUACCAAGAGAAGAGGGAGAUGCUGAGACUACAAAUGAUGUCCCCCAUAUCCAGUGCGAGGAUGGCUGUGAUCCUGAAGGACUCAGGGACAACAGUCAGCCCUGCUUGCAAAGGAUCCACCAGGGCCUGGUUUUUUACGAGAAGCUGCUGGGCUCAGACAUUUUCACAGGGGAGCCUUCUCUACUCCCCAAUGGCCCUGUGGACCAGCUUCACGCCUCCCUCCUGGGCCUCAGGCAACUCUUGCAGCCUGAGGGUCACCACUGGGAGACUGAGCAGAUUCCAAGCCCCAGUCCCAGCCAGCCGUGGCAGCGCCUCCUUCUCCGCCCCAAGAUCCUUCGCAGCCUCCAGGCCUUUGUGGCUGUAGCUGCCCGGGUCUUUGCCCAUGGAGCAGCAACCCUGACCCCUUAAAGCCAGCAGCUUUAAGGAUGGCACCCACAUCUAUGGCUCAGCAAUGCUAAGAUGAAUCUAUCAGCCCAGGCACCUGCGAGCCAACAAGUUAAUUUGUCCAUUAAUUCUAAUGGGACUUGCAUAUGUUGAAAAAUUACCAGUACUGACUGAUUUCUGAUGCUGACCUAGCAAAAGGUUGAGUAUUUAUUAGAUGGGAUGGGAAAAUUUGGGAUUAUUUAUCCUCAUGGCAGCAGUUUGGGGAGGAGGAUUAUUUAUUAUAUUUAUACUGAAUUAUGCACUUUUUCAAUAAAUACUUAUUUAUGUGGAUAUCUGAGUCUAAUUUCUAGGCUUGGUUGGGAAAAAGGAAUAGAAUGGAAAAAUAGGGCCAAGGGACUACAAUGUGCAUCCUUCUGCUCUGCAGGGCUACAGUGCAGAGGGACAUUUCCUCACGACCCCCUGGUGUGCAGAGUAACUGGGAUCUUUUUGGUCUUAAUCGCUGUAUGGCUAAACAAGUUGAAUGGGACUACAAGGGGUUGAGAUUAGGAAGUGGGGCCCCUAAGUGAGGCCCCUCUCUUGCUCCCUGACCCAGUGCCUCCUUCCUUUCUUUCUUGGCCAAGAGUGUAUUUGGCCAAAGACAGGAGUCCCGAUCACUGAAGGAUCGAAAGUCAGAGCUGUUUUGGGCACAAAGGGCAUUCCAGAAAGAUGGAGGUAAAUCUCACAAACUAAUGGGAUUCUCCUUUAACGGACAUCUGUGGGCCCCUUCAGUGGGGGAUUUGGUUACCCAAGGGGAGUUAAGCUGCCUUUGAAAGCAAGCAGGGGAAGGGGCUAGUGACUAUUCCCCUUCCUUUUCUCCAGAGUCACAAGAUCAAAAAAGCAUGGGCUUUGGAGUUAGAUGGACCCAGGUUUAUAUCUUGGUUUUGCCACCAACCAGGUGAGUGACAGUGGGCUAGUUAUAUAACUACUCACCCUCCCCCCAACUCAUAGCUCACAGCUCCCCCUGGAAAAUCUAAGCGACAGGAAAAGCUGCUCUCAACAGGGAG